AUGCUAAGACCCAUUUACGUAAUUUUUGUGGAAUGUUUUAUUGCUCUAUCAGUUAUUUAUAUUGUCAAGUUUGAGCAGGUCAAAUGCCAAAAGGAUAUUCUUCCCUUUGAUAAAAUAUUUCCAAAAAUAGCUAGCUACUCAAAAAAAAAAAAAAUAUAUUUCUUUAUACCAAAUAGCUAUUCAACAAAAAUAAACAAUUUAUUUAAAAAAAACACGACUUUAGCAUUUCGAAAAAUAAACAAUACCUCUAUAAUAAUAAAUAAUAAUACUGUCGAUUUUUUUAAGAAUAAUAAUAAUUCCCCACUAUUUUUUAACCUAAAUCAAUUUCGCCUUUUCAAUAAUACCUUACAAAAUAAUGAAAAAGAAGAGAACCAAGAGUGUUUAAAUUCAGGCUUAGGUCAUAUUUCGAAAAAAAAACAAAAUGAUGUAAAUCUCGAAACCCGCCAAAAGUGGAAAAAACACUUGGAAGAUAAGCGAAGAAAAGAAAUCUUAAAACAUAUAAACAAUAUGACCAAAGAAAAAUCAAACGUAAAUGGAAAAAAUAAAAAAAAACAUAUCAUAAACAAAAGGAAUACUAAACAAACUAAUUAUCCUAUUGAAAAUGAUGCACACAUAGAAAAAGAAAAAAAAAGUCACCAAGAUGUUGAAGAAGAAGAUGAUUAUUAUGAGGACGAAGAAGAAGAUUAUUAUGAGGACGAAGAAGAAGAUUAUUAUGAGGACGAAGAAGAUGAAGAUGAAGAUUAUGAAGAAAGUUAUGAGGAUGAUGAAGAAAAUAUUUUUAAUCCUGAUAAACCAAAUGAAGUUCAUAAUACAAAAGAUAGUAAACGGAGAGAAGAAAACCAAUAUUGUAAACCACACGAAUAUAAUAUCCAUUCAAAUUAUACUAACUCACCAAUAAAUAAUAAUAUUAACAAUGCAUUUAUGCCAAAAAAAAAAAAUGACUUCCCAUUAUUUUUCCCAACAAAUAAUAAACAUUUUGAAAAAACGAAUAAUAAAUAUUUUGAUAAAAUAUGCAGUAUACCACCAAAUGAACUUAUAAAUUUAUUCUUUGAAAAUACACCAGAAAGGGUUAAAGAAGCUGUAAAAAAUAUUAUAUUUAACAUUAUUGGAAAUAUUCAAAAAUAUGCAUUGGAUAUAUCCGUUUUAAUUACUUAUGAUAAAAUAUAUAAUUUCCUUUUACAAAUACUUCUAACUGGUUAUAUGCUAAAAAAUGCUGAUUACAGAUUAAGUUUAAAUGAAUCCCUUUAUGACCAAAAUAAUCAAAAUAAUCAAAAAGAAAAUUCCAACUUUAAAAAAUAUUUUAAUACCAUUUUUUCUGAUAAUUUUAAGAAACCUGAAGAACUGUUAAAUUCAGACCAAUUAAUCAAUACACAAUCUGAUAAUAUUACAAAUUAUGAUGAAGAAAAAAAACAUGAAAAUAAUACACAAAACGAAAAUAACACCAUACAUAUCCCCGUAUAUGAACAAAAUAAAAAUAUAAAUACACAUGAAAACAAUAAUUAUCUUUCUGAAAAUGAUAACAAUAAUAAUUCAAAAAUUCACCAUAAUACAAAAACGGAUAUUGGAGAAGAGUUUUAUACAAAAUUCAAACAAGUCACCAAUGAAGACUUACCAAUAAUUAAUACGAAAAAUUAUAUUAUUUUUUUAAAAAAAAAAAUUAAUUCUUUAGAAAAUCAAUUGAAAGCAUUAAAAGAAAAUAAAACAUUUCAAAAUGAUGACUUGCUUUCAUAUAUCAAAUCUCUGACUGAUAUCCAAUUGCGUUCACUAACUGAUAAUAUAGGAACCGUGGUUUUGGAUGCAACAAAAAAAAUUGUAGAAUUAGUUAUACAAGGUAUGACAUUAAACGUUAACAAAAAUUUACCAAAUGAACUCAUAUAUACUAGUGGAUCAGUAUUAACGUACAUUUGCUUUUGGCAAUUGAUUGUUGGUUAUACAUUCAGAGAAAUGGAAAUAAGAGAUGAACUUGCAGAUUAUUUUAACACCCAUUAA